CGACCCAGUUCCAUGCCAUCGCUAACCCGAUAUAAAUAUCAAAAUACCUGCACUGUCCACUAGCUACUUUUACGGUCAUCGAGCUCCUUUGUAUUUGUGUUUCUUUUUUCCUCUCUUGCUACAGAAAUCGAAUCGAACAUGCAACAGGGUGGAGUAUCUGAAACGGAGGUAACUUGGGAGGACCAGCAAAAUAUAAACAAAUUUGGACGACUCAAUAACCGGUUUCACGAGCUCGAGGACGAGAUCAAAAUUGCCAAGGAAUCAAAUGACAAUCUGGAAGAUGCUGGCAAUGAGUUGAUUCUUACAGAUGAGGAUGUGGUUCGAUUUCAAAUAGGGGAAGUCUUUGCCCAUGUACCUAAAGAAGAGGUUGAGGAUAGGAUUGAAAAGAUGAAAGAGGUGACUAGCAAAAAGCUGGAAGAUCUUGAAGAAGAGAAGGAAUCUGUACUUGCACAAAUGGCCGAGUUGAAGAAAAUUUUGUAUGGAAAGUUCAAGGACUCCAUAAAUCUAGAGGAGGAUUAAUAUUCCAUAAGAUUAUCGCUUUUCUGUAGUUUAUUUUCCCUCAUGGUUUGUUGUUGAUAUGGUUUUUCCUUGCUGCCAUGUUGUUCGUACAAGAGAUUGUUUUUGAAAUGCAAGAGAACGUUUGCUCCGUCAA